AUGUCGAACGAGGUCACCUUACUCCUCGCGUCAACCGUAGGCACACUAGCUUUACUCGUCUACGGCUCUCGAUACAUUAUCGACACCUUUAACCUCUUUCCGGAAGACACUCAGGACCCGCUCAGCUUUAAAAACACACUCCAUCGUGCUUGGGGAUCAUCCAGUUCAAAACACGCGUUUUCCGCAUCAAAAAUGAGCACAGCAUCCACAAACGACGCCCUAGCUAAUCUCAAGGAUAAUAUGGUGCCAAUUGGGCUCGCCAUCUUUUUGGGGUUUAGCGCUGCGGUCGCGUACUUCGUGUUUGGCAAAAGCAAGAAAAAGCCCGUACUCGACCCAGUAGUCUGGAAAGACUUUAAGCUGGUCAAAAAGACGGCCGUCUCCCACAAUACCGCCAUCUAUCGCUUUGCUCUGCCCAAUUCCGACGAUGUACUUGGUCUACCCAUUGGACAGCACAUCUCGGUGCAGGCCGAUAUCAACGGCAAGAGUAUUAUGCGCUCGUACACACCCACAUCGUCCGACGAUGAUCUCGGUCACUUUGACCUCAUGAUCAAGGCAUAUGAAAAGGGAAACAUCUCCCGGUACAUGUCGCUCCUAUCCGUCGGCGACCACGUACGCAUCCGGGGUCCGAAGGGCCAGUUCCACUACCGCCCUGGAUUGAGCUCGCACAUUGGUAUGAUUGCAGGCGGCACCGGCAUCACACCUAUGCUCCAGAUCAUCCGAGCCGUGCUCAAGAACCCACAUGACAAGACUCAACUUUCGCUCAUCUACGCCAACGUCACCUUUGAUGAUAUCCUGCUCAAGGAAGAAUUGGACAAGUUGGCCGACGAGCAUCCCCAGCAGUUUACGCUUUACUAUGUCCUUAACGAGAAGCCAGAGCAAGGGUGGGAAGGUGGUGUUGGAUUUGUCACAAAGGAUAUGAUUCAGAGACACAUGCCUGCUCCCAAGGAGGAUAUCAAGGUACUCUUGUGUGGCCCGCCACCAAUGAUGACCGCCAUGAAGAAAUACAUUUCCGAGCUCGGAUACGAGGCGCCACGAGCCGUCUCAAAGCUGGUCGAUCAGCGAGGAGCUUGGCUACACGGACGAAGUCGUUCAGGAGAACGUGUCCUGGAAGGAGAAAACCUCGAGGUCAGUUACCUGAAGAUCACUGCCCAGAAUAUCAUCCCCGCCCUCGUCACCCCGACCGGCGAGCUUUACGACUCGAGCAUGAGCAGUACCCAAUGCCUAAUCAAGAAUGCGCCUCAGGGUGCUAAAACCGGCAAGCCAGCGGAUCCCAAACUCCUUGAGAUUCCCCAUGCCGAUAAUAUCAACCCAAACGUCUUUCUCUUGGCCGCACGUAAUCAAGAGGAACUCGAUACGAAGAAUUAA